AUGGGGCCCAAGACACCCCCACAGCUCGCUGGGAAAUGGCAAGUGCUGUUCAUGUUGUCCUUGUGCUGCUGGGGCUGGGUGUCUGGGCAUCUCCGUUACUCUGUGGUGGAGGAGUCUGAGCCAGGGACGCUGGUGGGGAGCGUUGCUCAAGAUCUAGGCUUAAAGGUGACGGAUCUGUUGAGCCGCCGGCUGCGGCUGGGCGCUGAGGAGGAUGGGCAAUAUUUUUCCCUGAGCUUGAUGAGUGGUGCCCUGGCAGUGAAUCAGAAAAUUGACCGAGAGAGCCUGUGUGCAGCCAGCACCAGCUGCCUGCUGCCAGUACAGGUGGUGACCGAACACCCCCUGGAACUAAUCCGUGUAGAGGUGGAAAUCCUGGAUCUCAAUGACAACUCUCCGAGCUUUGCCACCCCUGAGCGAGAGAUGCGCAUCUCAGAGUCAGCUGCACUGGGGGCACGGUUCCCACUGGAUAGUGCCCAGGAUCCCGACGUGGGCACCAAUACUGUGAGCUUCUAUACUCUAAGCCCCAGCAGCCACUUUUCUCUCAAUGUGAAGACCCUAAAAGAUGGGAAGCUAUUCCCAGAACUGGUUCUGGAGCAGCAGCUAGACCGUGAAACCCAGGCAAGACAUCAGCUGGUGCUCACUGCUGUGGAUGGGGGCGUCCCAGCCCGCUCAGGGACCACCCUUAUCUCUGUCACUGUGCUGGAUAUCAAUGAUAAUGCUCCAACCUUCCAGUCCUCAGUUCUACGUGUGGGACUCCCAGAGAAUGCACCCGUGGGCACACUGCUGCUCCGCCUCAAUGCCACUGAUCCAGACGAGGGCACCAAUGGCCAGCUAGACUAUUCUUUUGGAGACCAUACGUCUGAGGCAGUACGGAACCUCUUUGGCCUAGACCCUAGCAGUGGAGCAAUCCAUGUGUUGGGUACCAUUGACUUCGAGGAGUCAAGUUUUUAUGAAAUUCAUGCAAGAGCCCGUGACCAGGGACAGCCAGCCAUGGAAGGCCACUGUGUGAUUCAAGUGGAUGUGGGGGAUGCCAAUGACAAUGCCCCAGAGGUACUACUGGCCUCUUUGGUCAACCCUGUCCUGGAGAGUACACCAGUGGGUACAGUAGUGGGAUUGUUUAAUGUGCGGGACCGAGACUCGGGGAGAAAUGGUGAAGUGAGCCUCGAUCUCUCUCCAGACCUGCCAUUUCAGAUUAAGCCUUCUGAGAACCACUACUCACUCCUAACCAGCCAGCCUUUGGACCGUGAGGCCACAUCCCACUAUAUCAUUGAGCUGCUGGCCCAUGAUGAGGGCUCGCCCCCCUUGCACACACAUCUCACCAUCAGGCUCAACAUUUCAGAUGUAAAUGACAACGCACCCUACUUCACCCAGCAGCUCUACACGGCUUACAUCCCAGAAAACCGGCCUCCAGGCUCCCUUCUCUGCACCGUGGCUGCCUCCGAUCCGGACACUGGGGAUAACGCCCGCCUUACCUACUCUAUUGUAGGGAACCAGAUUCAGGGCUCCCCCGCCUCCUCCUUUGUGUAUGUCAACCCCGAGGAUGGGAGGAUCUUUGCCCAGCGUACUUUCGACUACGAACUGCUGCAGAUGCUGCAGAUUGUGGUGGGCGUUCGAGACUCUGGCUCUCCCCCGUUGCACGCCAACACCUCUCUCCACGUGUUUGUCCUGGACCAGAAUGAUAAUGCCCCAACUGUGCUGCACCCUAGACCGGGUCGGGAAUUCUCACUCCCCCAGCGUCUCCCUCGCUCUGCCCCUCCUGGCUCCUUGGUCACCAAGGUGACAGCCGUAGAUGCUGAUGCAGGCCACAAUGCCUGGCUCUCCUAUUCACUGUUGCCACAGUCCACAGCGCCAGGGCUGUUCCUGGUGUCUGCACACACUGGUGAGGUGCGAACAGCCCGGGCCUUACUGGAGGAUGACGCUGACACCCAGCAGGUGGUGGUCCUGGUGAGGGACAAUGGUGACCCUUCACUCUCCUCCACAGCCACAGUACUGCUGAUUCUGGAAGAUGAGGACCCUGAGGAAAUGCCCAAAUCCAGGGACUUCCUCACACACCCUCCUGAGCGUUCAGACCUUACCCUUUACCUCAUUGUGGCUCUUGCGGCCACCAGCCUCUUAUCUUUAGUCACCUUCACCUUUCUGUCAGCUAAGUGCCUUCGUGGGGACGGGGAUGGGGGUGGGGGUCAGUGCUGCGGGCGCCAGGACUCGCCCUCCCGGGAGUUCUAUAAGCAAUCCAGCCCCAACCUACAGGUGAGCUCAGACGGCACACUCAAGUAUAUGGAGGUGACGCUGCGGCCCACAGACUCGCACAGCCAUUGCUACAGGACGUGCUUUUCACCAGCCUCCGACGGCAGUGACUUCACUUUUCUAAGGCCCCUCAGCGUUCAGCAGCCCUCAGCUUUCGCGCCGGAGCCCGACGCCUUCCGGUCCCGCUCUAACACGCUGCGGGAGCGGAGCCAGGUGAGGGCUCUCGCUACCCCUGGGGGCGGAAAUGGAGACGCCGCCCACCCACAUCAGGGACUUUGA